CUAAAAACUGAACGUCACUAUUUUCAUUAUUUUCAGGAACAAAAUGAUGAUUUUUGUGAUUUUACUAUAGAUUUUCAUACUUAAGUAAAAAAAGUGUGGCAAAUAUGAUGCAACACCAAUAUUGGGUGACUAAAAAGACUGUUUUAAAAAGAUUAGGAACUAAAGAAGAUGAUUGUGUUAUUUCUUCCGAUGCCGAGCUUGAUGCAAAAUUAGAAUUAUUUCGAUCAAUAUCCGAUAGCUGUUUGCAAUUACAAAGAGUUUUAGAUCAGUACCAAGAACGCUUAUGUAUUUUAGCUCAAGAAGAGAACGCAUUAGGCAAAUUUUUGCGCGAUGCGGGAAAAGCUGGCGAUGCUUCUGGGAAACACAUGGUAUCGGCUGGUAAGGCAAUUACUUACUCUGGGCAGCAGCGCCUGUCCAUAAGACCGCCAUUGUUAAGGCUUUAUCAUGAAGUGGAAACAUUUAGAGUACGAGCUGUGAAAGAUAUGCGAGCAACAGUGUCUGCGAUGGAGAAGGCCCGUAUUGAGUAUCGCGCUGCUCUUAGUUGGAUGAAAUCUACUAGCGCCCAACUAGAUCCCGACACCGGACGUGGGCUUGAUAAUUACCGAAAAGCACAACGACAGGUUCGCGAAAGUAAGAAGAGUUUUGACAAAUUGACCUUAGAUGUUUUACAGAAGAUUGAUUUAUUAGCUGCUGCAAGAUGUAACAUGUUUUCACAUGUUCUAUUAAACUACCAAAACUCGUUUUUAAAUUUCUCAACAAAGGUGACUCAAACUUUACAAGCUACAGUGGAUACAAUGAAUGAAACACCCCAAUAUGAAUUUAGUAUUCUAAAAAGUUUGGGAGAAGUGGAACCCAAUCAAGAUGAAGAUGCCGCACCAGAUAAAGAUCAGAUGUUAUUUUUCCAGGAUGAUUAUAAAGAUGAAAAUCACGAAAAACCAAGUUCAGCUAAAGAUGCUAAAAACGAGAAUGAAAAACAACCGUCCAGUGACAACAAUAAUGAAGAACCAACGACAUCAGGCAAUCUUAUUGAUACUGACAAUGAAGCUUCAAUUAAUAAUAAAGAUAUCAAUGAAGAUUUAGCAGGCCUGCAACUUGAUUAUGGAGAUAUUCCAGCUAAUUUUGGAUCUUUUAUGCCAUCGCAACUUUUACAGAAUAUAAAUAGCAACCUUUUGCAAGGAUCAUUGGCACCAGUCCACAUCAAUAAUAUAAAAUCAACCAACCAGCCAACAACGAGCCAACAAGUUACAAAAACUGCUCCAAAGAAGGAAGAUAAGGCUGCUUGGUUUAAACUAUUUGCUGAAUUGGACCCACUUGCAAAUCCCGACAAUUUACCUGGAUCUAAUGCUAAUCAAAGUCACGCAGCUUGAAUAUUAAAAGUAAAACAACAAUUGUAAAUGGAUACAGUCCAUUGGUAAUAAUUUGAAUAAUUACUUUUCUUAUGCAUUACUAAUAAUAUCAUCUAUAUAAUAUAGAUAAUAAAAUUUAUAAUUAUCGUGUGAAACAUGCAAAUUAAUCUUACAAAAACAUCAACUAUGUUUUUUUUUUAUAAUAAAAACAUCUUAAGGUGUUUUGCAUAUUCCAAUAAUCAUGUUUACAGUUUUAUAAAAAUUAUAUAAUUCAUUAUUUUCAUAAAGUGCAGAGUGAUAUAUAAUAUUUUAGUUUAUAUAAACAACAUUUUUGUUGUUAUGUUUGUAAUAAUAUGUUGCUUUUUGCUUUAAACAUUGACUAUCAAGUAUACAAAUAAUGUGCAAACAAUAUUUACCCUUUUCAAACACAUUUGAUACAAUAUUCCAAUCGAGAAGGAAUAAAGGUAAACAAACUUUAGAUUUACAAAUUGCAUGCAAUUUGCUAAUUGUUCAGCUGUAUUAUGCACUAAGAACAGUUCUUGAUUAAUUUACCGUUAUUUAUAAUGCAACACUAUUCCACUGAACUAGUUAUAAACAAAUUAAUUUAACUUUCGAAGUUCUAAUUUCGCGGACAAUGAACGCCGUAUUCAAGAUACCAAUGAUAUCGCGUCAAUUUGGUGUCAAUGAUGUUCAUUUGGGUUUACUCCUCUUGUGGUUGGAAUAGGCUAUGGGAAAAAGAUUCUCUAAUUGACAAUGUUAUAAUGUUAGUAUCUUGUACAGGAUAUACGUGAAUUUUUUUUUUUUUUCAAUAAUAAAGCACUACCUCUGCUUUGUCAAUGUGUGCAAAAACAAAAUUAUUAGUACAAUAUAAUCAUGACAUCCAUUUUUAUUGAUUACUUUAACUUUAUCAAAAUAUAUCUAUGUAAUGGUAAUUUAGACGUAGGGUACACUUUUUCAUUAUAAAAAUGUAGCUGUAGUAAGAAUAUAUAUAAUAUAAUGCCAGUGUAAUUACAGGCACAAGGGACAUAAAAUCUUAGUUCCCAAGGUUGGUGGCGCAUUGGAUAUGUAAGCGAUGGUUGACAUUUCUUACAAUGCUAAUGUCUAAGAGCGUUGGUGACCACUUACCAUCAGGUGGCCCAUAUGCUCGUCCGCCUUCCUAUUCUAUAAAAAAAAAAAAAAAUAUAUAUAUAUACAGUUAGUUAAUAUAUACCAAGGCUAUUUAUAUGGGUGAUAAUUUGCCAGACCAUUAAAGUUUUAUGAUUAUACAUCAACCGCGACGUUCUCGUGAACCGAAUUUUAACCGAACCGAACCGUCUCGUGAGCAGAAAUAACACAGCUGUUCCUCCAAAAGCGGCGGGUGCGGGUGAAAAUCGCAACCUUAGCGUAAGAGGAAAAAACCCUGAAAUUAAAUUAUGAUUUUGAAUUUAACUAAAUAUGGUAUAUUGAUUUAUACUGUUCAAAACUACAAUAAAAUGAUUCAAGACCAUUUGAUAAAAAAAUUAGUUAAUUUUUAAAAAAAUAUUGUGGCAAAUUACUUAAUGUUAUUUCAUUAAUUUUUAAAAAAUGUUUAUAUAUCCCAAAGCAAAUCAAUAUGCUUUUAAUUACAAUAUAUAUGUUUUCUUUGAACAAUUGAUAUAAUUAGCAUAUGACAGUUUAUUUUUCGCAUUAUUGAAAUUUUAGAUUAAGUGAAACAUUCCAUAAUCGACUAAUAAAUAGUCAUUAUUGUCUUGACACAACAAAUUAUAUGUGGCGGUAGACUUUCUUUAAUUGUUGUCUUUAUUUAAAGUAUUAAAUAUUCCAUGCACAGUCCUAUCUAGUCAAGUGAAUUUGUUUUUAACUGUAUUGAAAACCAAAGAUUUUGUUAAUAUAUUAAU